AAUUGUGGAGCAAUAUUGCUAAAUGCGACACGGUGGCAACGCCAGCAUACCUAACCCAAAGCCCACUCGAAGCUAAAGGAAAUCCGCAAUUUGUUUAAACUUUGGCGUGUAUAUAAACAAAUUGUAAAUAACAAUAUAAAUUACAACACAUAAAUAUAGAGCAAACAUGGCUGACAGAGCAAUUAAGCUACUCAUAAUAGGCGAAAGUGGCGUUGGCAAAUCCAGUCUGAUUCGUCGGUUCGUUGAGAAUAAAUUCGAUGACAAUCAUGACGUCACAAUUGGCAUGGACUUUAAGAGCGCCGUGAUGUGCGUGGAUGGCACAGAAUACAAGGUGGCACUGUGGGACACAGCUGGCGCCGAACGAUUUCGCAGCUUAACACCCAGUUUCUAUCGCAAGGCGCUGGGCGCCAUUCUCGUCUACGACAUCACCUGUCGGGAGUCUCUCGUCAAACUGGAGGCGUGGCUCGCCGAAGUGGACAGUUAUAGCGACAAUCCCAACAUUGCCAUCAUUGUCGUUGGCAACAAAAUCGAUCGGGAACGUGUUGUGGAUCGUGAGGAGGGUCGCAAAUUCGCACGCAAACAUCGCGCUCUCUUCAUCGAGACAUCGGCCAAAUGCGAUCAGUUUGUCAGCGAUGCGUUUAAGGAUAUUGUCGAAAAGAUUGUUUCGUCGGAAUAUUUUGGCAACGGCACUUCCUCCAACGGGCUGACUAUAGAUAAUGAGCAAGACAUCGAUUCAAGUCCUUCGACAUGCUAUUGUUGAUUCUUUGGGGUUCUUUCAAAUUACCGAUUUUGUGUAAAAUGUCUAGUGUAUAUUUAACGUUCAAUAGCAUAAGCAUAAAGUCGUCUAAUCACAACGCCAUCUCACAUAUCCCUUAAGGUUUUGGUAAGCAAUACGACGCAAAUGUUGAAUGUACCUUCUUAAUUGUAAAUAUAUAAUAAUCCCAUACAUUAAAUUCAAACUUGACAGCUACAA